UUUUUUCGACAUUGGUAUUUCAAAGCUAGUAUGUAUGUAUUCACAUUAAUUCGUACAUAAAAAAGCAAAGAGUAGUAAACCCUAAUAUCUUCCUCUUUCUCCUUCCUAGCUACUCCUUGUUCUCAUCACCUCAAUAUUAAUUGCUAUAUUAGAAAUUCUUCCUCUGGACCCAUUCAUAUCAUCAUUUACUACUAAUUUGUAAUAUAGAUGAUGUUUUGUUAGAUUGAAGAAAUGGAAAGAAGGUCGAAAGAGGAUAAUCAUAAUAGUAGUAAUAAUUUUCCAGUAUACUCAUCAGCUAGAUCUCAUCAAGACAUGUCUGCUAUGGUUUCUGUGCUCUCUCAAGUUAUUGGAAACACUUCUUCUGCUUCUGCUGAUUCUUCCAUCGAUGUUAAUCCACUAACCCUAAUUCCUCAGCUGCAAAACCAUUCUCAAUCAUCUAUUCAAGAUAAUCAAGGGAGUUCGGGAAGAAGGAAGUAUAGAGGAGUUCGACAAAGACCAUGGGGUAAAUGGGCCGCGGAAAUCCGCGAUCCAAAGAAAGCAGCCAGAGUUUGGCUAGGUACAUUUGAAACUGCAGAAGCAGCAGCACUUGCUUAUGAUGAAGCUGCUCUUACAUUCAAAGGCAACAAAGCUAAACUCAAUUUCCCUGAAAGAGUUCAAGGAAAAUUCCAAUUCCUUACUGAUACUGCUACUACUCAAAAUCAUAAUAUUAUUGUUCCUCAUCAACAAGUACAAUUUCCAGCAGCCACCUCAUCAAAUAAUCAUCUUUCCCCUUAUAAUUUUCAGUCUUACUACCCUGAUGUUCAUCAAUAUGCUGAGCUACUUCGUAGUGACCAUAAUACUACUGAUUUGAACUUCGAUGCAUCGCGAAGUUUUAAUCAGUAUACAUCAUCAUCAUCAGGUUUGUCUUUUGAUACUUCACAAUCAUCAGCAUCGAAUAUUCAUGAGGAGCAAUAUCAUAAUCAUCAGCAAGAAGAAGAGGAAGGUGGUAAUUUUAUGAAAUUUACUACAUCACGUUAUGGAAAUUCUAGUUCAACUUGUGGACCAAAACAUGAAAGUAACUGGGAAGAGUUUGAACACGGAAAGUAACUUCAAUGACGAUGACGAUGGAUGUCAUGUCGGUAUCAGAGCAAGCAGAGGUCAUGAGUUUGAGUCUCAUUGUUGUCCCUUAUCAAAACCAACUUCCGCGUGCUUAGUCGACCAUGAAAAGAAUCAAGCUCGCACGUGAGGGACAUGCUGAGAAUAUAAUUAAAUAAAUAAAAGUAUGCUUUCUCAUUAUAUCUAAGAGUUCAAGCUUUUAGAUGAGAUAUAGUCAUCACUUUUUAUAUGUAUUUUAUGCUUUUAGUGGGGCUUUUAAUUUAAUUUUUUUGGUCUUUUAAGUUAACUAUUGUAAUUUCAAUUGAGAGGCUUAUUGUACUAGUUUGCUAUGAACUAUAUAUAAUCAUGAAGUAAUAUAUGGAAAAUAUAUGCACGGUGUGAUUUUCAUGGAGUAA